AUGGAAGGCCGGGGCCUACUGCCAGCUGGUGCCCUGGGCAAGGUGCCGCAGCAGCUUGCUAGUCCUUUUUUGGGCCUCCACCCUACGCCGCCCCACCAACGAAGAUGGGUCCGCACUUCCUCGACACCGGCUUGGGCCAUCGGUGGGCUGGUCGCUUGCAGGCAUCGGGGAAGGCGCUGCGCUCGCUGCGCGGAAGGCGACGCUGGCGAUGAAGAAGUCCAGGUAAGCACACCAAGUUCUGCUUGCAUUACGCCUAUUGGACCCUUCUGCCCUUACAGGUCCUCUGCUUGUGCGUGGGACAGCGAGCUCAGCAAAGGUAUGAGCGACCUGACCAACGAGUCUCCAGAAUUCGCAGUGGAGAUGAGCCGAAUGCAGCUCGAUAUGCAGAUGGGCCGGGAGCCGGACUCUCAGCGCAUGGGACAACUGGCCGACAAGCUGGAGCAGUCCUACCAGAAGUGGAAUGGGUUGAUGGCCAGGCUUCGGCUGAGCAGCGACUUCCAAAGUCGCGAGUAUUUCAAGCUCACCUUGAGCCACCUCGAUGGUCGUAGCAUCGAAGACCUUGGCAAGAUGGUCCAGUACCAAGUCGACUGUAUGAGGGCAGUUGCUACUGGUGGCAUGAUUCCAGCUGCGCCGGUGGGCGUGGAUAUGACCCCUCCGAAGGAAGGCUUGCCCUCGGCCGCCGCCGCCCCCAACAUGAUUACAGCAGAGCCCUUCGACAGUUCGGCCUUCACCAACGAAGUUGUCAAGGAGGAAUAUGCGGCGCUUUGCCGGGACCACCAGCAGGUGAUCGUCAUGGGGGAGUCUUAUGGCAACUUUGACCCACUGGGGAAGAUCGCCUUCCUCGACCAGCUGGAGAAGAUCGAGGAGCGCUGGGACAUCUUCUUCGGGCGCUUGGGCCUGCUUGGAGCUCUCAGCCCGGACUACAAGGAGCAGAGCGCGGAGUUUCUCAGUUCUAUGGGCUUGUCUGGCCCUCAGUUUCGGAAGCUCCUGCGCAAGGCGCAUCAGCAAAUGCGUGACGACGCCGAACGUGAGCGGGGUCUGAACCCCUGA